GCACUUUUACUCGCGUUUUUCGACCUUUUACUGUAGGUAAUAUAAUUAUUUUAUAUUUUUAUCUGAUACAGAAUUUUCCAAUCUAUCAUAAUCAAUAAUUUGUUGGUUGCUGUGGCUUUUAGUUUAAGAGAUAUGAAUUUUCAAAAAUCGUCGAAAAAAAGUAUCAAGCACCCCCCCUUGGUCAUUUUUUUCUUAAGAGUAAAAAUUUUAUCUCUCAGAUUUCCCUUUUAACUAUCGUAUCUGAUAGAGAUUGGUCCGUACAUUAAGACGCUGCGAUCAGAUCUUAAUUAUCUCUUUUAGUUUACGAGAUAUUUGCGAUUGAAUAAAAUGGACAAAAAUUAAAGUCAUUUUUUAUCACUUUUAGUCGCGUUUUUUGCCCUUUUCCCCUACGAUAUUUAAUCAUUUCAUAUUGUAUUGAUAUAAAUAUUUAAAUAUUUUAACUUUUGCUAUAGUCAACUUGCGUUACACCUUACAUUGAAAUAAAUUAUGUUAUGGGUAUGUAUUAUAGGCAACUAUCAUUACAAUUCAAUCUUAACCAUCAACAAUUCAAAGCAAGCUGUGGAAAACAAACAAACAAAAACAAACUCAACUGUUAUUACAUAUAAUACACAUUUAACCUCUCAAUAAAAAGUGUAAUGGGCCAUAAGGAUACAUUAAGUAAUAAACCGCGUCUUGUUGUGCAAUACGAUGAUCAUUCUUCAUUCAUGGCUACGGUGCUUUGCACUCUUAUGGAACAUCAAAGUUUAGUUGAUAUUGCAAUUCGUUGUGGCAAUCAAACCUUGCAUGCACAUAAAGUUAUUUUGGCCUCAAAUAGUCCUUAUUUUAGAGAACAACUAGAGAAUAAUCAAGAUACUGAACAAAUUAUUGUCAAUGGAAUGGAUUUUUGCACAUUAAAAAGCAUUAUUGAGUUUAUGUAUUGUGGAGAGACUUCUAUUGCUGAAGAAAAUGUUAAGUAUAUUGUUGCAGCUGCAAAACUGUUUCAAGUUCGAGGGUUGCAAGCUAUUGCACCAGAAGCCCCUGAUGGAGAUGAGGUUAUUUAUUAUCCACCACCAAUUUUCAUAAACCAGAAACCCAAGUACUCCAGUCCUUAUGCUUCCUCUUAUUCUCCAAUUUCUGGGCAACCAAAAAAUAAAUUGCAUGCUGAAGGUACUUCUGACUACCAAGUGAAUGGCUCGGAAGAAUUCAUGGCUGAAUUACAGUCACAUCCACUACAAGUGGCAAGUUUCAACGAUCUCAAUGCACCGAUAAUUGACUCAGAUGAAAGAAGCAUGGACAUGUUUAGCAUGGGAUACACUGGCGAGAAACCAAUCGACGAAAUAGAAGAGGUUUUCCCUAGAGAAAUGGAGGAAAGCUUGCAAAUAAUGUACAAAACCCCAGAUGGGGAGUAUGUGCAGGUGUCAAACUAUGACGAGGAUCCGAUUCGAUUUGAUAUUAUGGAUGGCGACAUUUCAAGGCAGAUAGGAAGUGAAGAACUGACUAGAACAUCAUCCACUAAUCUAAGGGUUCUAGAUAAUGAAGAAUUAUCACCGAAUUUUGAAAAUGAGGAUGCCCUGGAUGGAUUUACCAGAAAUGAACAUGAUAAUUAUCAUGACAAUCCAUAUUACAGAGAUGAAAAUUAUCAGGACGCAACUGUUGAUCCAUCUAUCCAAACUGGUAUUAAUUUAUUGCUGCACUUCCAAUCGCAGAAUCGUAAUCCUCAUGGUUUGCACGAAUUGAAUACAGAAGAACCUGCACUAGGAGGAAAUAUUGACAAUGAUUUAGAUCAAGAACCUGGGAAUACUAUAAUGAUUAAUAAAGAUACAACGUUUAUAGACGUAUCUGAACUUGAUCAGCAUAUACAAGAUUCAACAAGUGAUAACCAAGGUCUACUGCAUCAAAUUGGUUCACUACAAUUUUACAAUAAUACUGACCAAGAAGACUAUGAUAAUGAGGCUCUUAAGAUUGCAGAUGAUUACAGUCACCAUGAGGAUAGUGAUGCCAUCCCAGAGAAUGAAUUGCUAAUGCAGCCAGAAUACAAUAAAGAUGUUGACGUAAGUGUUAUUGACGUUGAACCAUUGGCCACAGGUAAUCAUAUUCCAGUUGAAGUUACUAAUUUAAAUCCAGAAGUUGGUGAAAUUGUCGAUUAUAUUAUGCCAGGUAAACCUCCUACUAUAUAUUCAAAAUAAACCUAGUAAGUCAAUGGAAUAUGCUAAAGUUACUUACCUCUGUGAUUGAUGUAUCACAUGUGAUACUUUUUGGUAAUACUUGGCAACUUUAGACAGUAUACGAAUAUCUAACACCAGUCUUUGUGAAAACUAUUGAUAGAGCAAUAUGAUCAAUUAAUUGUAUUCAAGUAUUCCAGCGAAUUUUAUUUAAUAAAGAAAAUGUGCCUUCAAAGCAAUUAUAAACUUUAAA